AUGGCGAGCUGCGACGAGAUGCUUCCAUUCUACGGACCCGUACAAGGAGUGGUUCCUUCCAGUGAUGACCUUCUCCCUCCAGCCCUUGUCAAGGAGAUUGAGAAAUGGACUCCCGUUCCAGGGGUGGACAUCAACUCUGCUGAUGGGAAAACAAUGAGGAACGACAAGUUUGAAGAGGCCUGUCAAACUCUGUUUCAGCCCAACCGCUUCUAUGUCAACAUGCAACAGCUGGAGCAAGUUGCUCAUAGCUUGGUGAGUCUCUGGGGAAAGGAGAGCGAGGGGAGCAAGCGGAAAGCUGUUCUUAUCAACAAGCAUAAGGUUACCAUCCAGUGUAGCUUCGUAGUGUGGCAAAUGCACCUAGUCCCUGUGAAAGGCAAAGGCAAGGGAGAAGCAUAUCGCAUCAUGACUGGCUUGGAUUUGGAAGAGCCCGGCCUCCAAGUAAUCAAGAUCAGAGACUCUAAAGGGCACAAGCAAUCCAACCCAUGGUAUCCGGCAACCCCAAAGUCCGAAAAGGUUCCCAUCAAGAGUGAGAAGGACCAACCCUACGGUCCCUCUGACGCAGAGCUCAGCGAUGAAACGGAGAAGAGUGGCAAACAGUCGCCACGAUCUGUGUCGCCAACAGAACACGAUGGCAAGAAGGACAUCCGCAAGCCAAACAAACCAAGAGAGCCUACAGGCGGUCAAAAGAAGGAUACAGGCCAGAGCCAGGGGUUGGACAGAAAGCCACCAGGCCAAGGCAAACGAGGAAGUUCCUCUGCUUCCUCACCCUUCUUUCGGGAGCCGAGCCAUACCAACGAUGUUGUGAUCAUAAGCAAGGAUGGAGACCGAAUCCCAGCGCAAAAGAGCGUGCUGGCAGCUGCCUCUCCCACGCUCAAACAAAUAUUUGAGUUUGGUGGAGCUUUGUCGGUGUUGAAAUGGCCAGACUAUCCUACCAGGGUUGUGAGGGCUGCCAUCGAGUUCACCACUGCGAGUAGCAGCAAUCCUGUGGACGGAGAGGUGGUGGCAACUCUAAGGAGUGAUUUGGAGCUAUGUAUGCGCCUCGCUUCUGAGUACGAGCUGGUCAAGUUCCAAAGGCUGGGUCACCAAGCCUUGCAGAACAGGUUGAGCAUCGGCAACCUUAAGACUGCUCUUUUGGAAGCCCAGAAGACAAACGAUCAGACCUUGAAGCAAGGCUGCUUCAAGUUCAUUCAGCAGCAUGCCCAUGCCGUUCUCACAGACAAAAACAUCGUCCGUCUUGCCAUCGAUAUGCCUGAACUGUGGGAUGAGCUUGUUCGGGCCUUGCUUGACAGUACUGGGCCUGCCGAAUCAAGGCAAGCUGCGACAAGGGAGCAAUCGGGAACCGAGACAACAAGUCAAUCGGGGCAUGCGACGAGCAAUGAGAGGCAGGCUGAACCAAGCCGAGGGGAGACGAGCAAGCGGUCGAGGAACGAGUUGAGUAGUCCAGUGCCAAGAGGCAAGGGGAACGAACAUUCGACAAGCAACAAGAGGCGCCGAUCGAGGAACGAAGAGGAGAAGGCAUGGAACUUGGAAGGUCGUCCAACCCAGGACGAGGAACGCAUCGUGUGCAACACUGAGCUCCUUUCUCGUUCACCUGUGGAUGGCUUGGUUGGAAAAAACUAUAACUAG